AUCACGUUCGCUAGUAAAAUUACUCAUUCAUUGAAAUAAUAACAUUUAAUUUUUUGAAUAUGGAUUAUAAAUUUUUCAUUGGCUUCAUGGUUCUACUCACCAUAUCAACUCGAAUUUCUGAAGGAAAAGGGCGUGGUGGCGGUCACGGUCACAGUGGUGGUCAUGGCCAUGGGGGUGGUCAUGGGCAUGGUGGUGGUCACAGCUCUUCCGGUUCAUCACACUCGGGAUCAUCCGACUCAGGGUCAUCAAGCUCAUUAGGAUCAUCUGGAUAUUCUGGAUCUUCACAUUCAUCAGGGGGAUCGGAUUCAUUCGGAUCUUCACAUUCAUUAGGAGGAUCAGAUUCAUUUGGAAGUUCAGAUUUAUCUGGAUCUGGAAACUCUCAUUACGGAUCAUCUGGGUACUCUGGAUUUGAUGGAGAUUCUGGAUCUCUUGGAUACUCUGGGCGUGGAAAUUUCAACCAUCAUAGAUACCACGACAGUGAUGAUCACUACUCAUCAGGUUCAUUUGAUCGUACAACUGAACUUCCAUACGAGUCUACUGAUGAAUUCAAAAGAAUGCAGGAACUUAGUGAUAAAAUGGCCGCUGAUUUGGAUGAAUAUUUUAAGAAGUAUUCUCCGAAUAAACAGACUACCAACGUUUACGACUACCUAAAGACAACAACAGAAGUUCCUAAGGAGACAGAUGACGGUCCUAACUUCUUGAAAUCAAUUGCGCGUGAUAUGUCAAACACUCUCAAGUCAAUCAAAGAAUCACUAAAACCUUUGGGUAUGGAUGUGAAAUUUGAUGAUCUUGAAAAAAUAAAUAAUGAAUAUUUAAGGGAAAACUAAUUCUGAGUAAAUAUGUACAUAUAAAUAUACAUAUAUAAGUAGUUGAAUAUCACAAAAAAUAUUCUAGAAUUAAUGUAACAUAGGUCAAGAUGACAUGAAAAUUAAAAUAAUAAUACUGUAAAAUCACUGUAAUUCUAACACUUCUGUUCAGGACUAUUCCGUUAUUUUAACAAAUCCUGUCAUAUCUACUAUACAAAUGCUCAUAUUUUUUAUGUGCAUGUCUGUGUAAUAAAAUGCGUAAUGUAAAAAAAAAAAUAGGGCACAUUUGUAGGUUAGGAUUUAGUCGUAUAUAAUGAUACAGUUGAACGAGGGAAGAUUUGAAUCAACCGCUACUGAGUUUUUUUUUUCAUUGAUCGCGCAAAAAAACUUAUUGAGAGACAGAAUUGUUAACAGUAGGGAGAGAAUCUUGUUAAAAGCAGAGAGAGAAUAACACUAUGAAGAGUCAAAACAUGGAGGUUCUACUGUAAUAAUGUUCGGUAAAAUAGAUUUUUUUAUAUUUUUAUUCAAUCUCACUGUCUAUUAUGGAUUAUAAAAUAUGAAAUCUUCUGUAGAUUCAUAAUAAAAUAUUUUGUUUACUAAU